GUGGGCUACAGUACAUACAGUACAUAGCCUGAUAUGUAUGGAACUGAAGGAUGGGUCGUUUAAAUCUCACAUCUGUGUGAAGAAAACACGGCUGGAAAACUCGAGAACAAUACUUCUCACGGCUGUUAAAAACAUGGAUAAUCGGUGCUGCCGGUGUCGUGUUCAUGUGGAGACAAAGCGACACUAAACGAAUGCGGAUUUUUACUUUCAUCUACGGCUUCAGAUGUGUGGGUAGAAACACCACCAGCUGCCGCACUGUGGGGUAAAAUUAUUCCAAUAGAAGGCCUGCAUUUUUAAACAAGCAUCACUGCGCUUCGUGUUUGUCAGAAGAACUGCUUUAUGACCGAACUACAGCGAGGAGGAGAAACAUUUGGGCGGCGAGAUGCACCAUUUGGAGGACUGAGCUCCAGCACUUCAGCCGCUCGUGAGCGUUAACAUGGGAGAGUGAGGCAGGAACAAUUUCACAAUGAUGAUUCCAUAGACGUCAGAUCUCACAGAAAGGGACCCACAGCCAUGAGGAUGCUGCCAUGCCAUGUUGAGCUGGGACCUUCUGCUUCUACAUUAUCAUGCCUAGAGUGAUCUCACCUUCAAGCAUGCCAGUUCACCCUGGGGAAGAAUGGUUCUUUCCGCUCCUGCUCCCCUUCCAGAGGCAGGGGACACAAGCGAUGCUCUCUGCUGCCUCGUUACGGGGCUGCUGAACCUUUCCGGGAGGCCGGUGAUGGAGAACAUCUCCAUGGCGAACGUUUCCCUCGGCUCCCGGUCGCCACCAGAGCCAGUCACGCCAACAGCGGAGGCCCCAGAGAGCCUGCAGGGCGUCAGCUUACCUCUGCAGGUGUUCUUCUGCUUCAUCAUGGUCGGCAUCCUGCUCUUGGCGCUGCUGGGAAACGUGGUGGUGUGCCUGAUGGUGUACCAGAGGUCUGCCAUGCGCUCGGCCAUCAAUAUUCUGUUAGCGAGCUUGGCGUUUGCAGACAUGAUGCUGGCCAUCCUGAACAUGCCCUUCGCUCUGGUGACCGUCGUGACCACCAGGUGGAUUUUUGGAGACGUUUUCUGCCGAGUCUCAGCCAUGCUCUUUUGGUUCUUUGUGAUGGAAGGCGUUGCCAUACUGCUUAUAAUAAGCAUAGAUCGUUUUCUUAUUAUUGUCCAGAAACAAGAUAAGCUGAGUCCGCAGAGAGCCAAAGUGCUCAUCGUGGUCACCUGGGUACUCUCUUUCCUGUUCUCGUUCCCUCUGGCUGUUGGUUCCCCUCCCCUACAGACCCCUCCCAGGGCCCCUCAGUGUGUGUUUGGCUACAGCGUUGAGCCUAGUUACCACGCCUAUGUAUUGAUACUGAUGCUAGUCUUCUUUUUCAUACCUUUUAUGGUCAUGCUGUACACAUUCAUGGGGAUUCUGAACACCAUCCGCCACAACGCCAUCCGCAUCCACAGCCAUCCGGACAGCAUCUGUCUGAGCCAGGCCAGCAAACUGGGCCUGCUGAGCCUGCAGCGGCCCUUCCAAAUGAACAUAGACAUGAGCUUCAAGACGCGUGCCUUCACCACCAUCCUCAUCCUCUUCUCUGUGUUUACAGUGUGCUGGGCACCCUUCACCGCCUACAGUCUGGUUACUACCUUCAGCGAUGGCUUCUACCACAAAGACAGCUUUUUUCAAAUCAGCACAUGGGUCCUGUGGUUGUGCUACCUCAAGUCGGCCCUCAACCCGCUCAUUUACUACUGGCGGAUCAAAAAGUUCCGCGACGCCUGCCUUGAUCUGAUGCCCAAGUACUUCAAGUUUCUUCCUCAGCUGCCAGGCAACACCAAGAGGCGCAUUCAGCCGAGCGCCGUGUAUGUGUGUGGAGAGCAUCGCUCUGUGGUUUAAAGGAAACAUCCACCCCCCAAACACUUCAACACUGUCAGAAACACAUCUUAACACAAUUUACCUUGGAGUUCUGGGCCUGAUUUGUUGUUCUGUGGUUUACUUUUCUUGGAAGAAAUAAAACGGCACUGCAUUACCAAAGGCUGUGCUGCGUUGGUGGAGAUGUGUUGCUUCAGAGAAAAUAAAAAUACAUUCCCAACAGCUGAAGUCAGAAAAAGAAACCGAACACUUGUGUGAAAUAAUACUGGAAAGGGUUUAACAACUUUAAAUACAGCAGGAGAAGGUUUUGGUUUUGAAGAACUUGUAUUUAAAAUAUGAAUGGGACCUAAAUCCAGAUUUUUCAGUUAGUCAUAGGAUAUAUUCUAAAUUGGCUAAAAUUCGAUACGAACGAAGGGGGAGUUAAAUCAAUACUGAGCUUUUGUUGCGAUACUCUGAACAGUAACUCCUUAUUCAUAAACUCUCUUCAGCUGAACUGAGAGCAGCGGGUAAACAAAAGCUUUGCUUUUAAGUCAAACAGUCAGAGAUGCAGGUAGUAUUUCAAUAACGGAUGGCUGGGCCUCUAACUAUCACAGCCUAUCCAAUACCGAGCGAGUUUAAACUUGUCCUCUCUUCGACACAUGCUGAAGAAAAUGAUGAAGUUCUGAAGUCUGCACUGCUGAAUGGGAGCUUGACAGGGAAAAUCAUGGAAUUGUUGCUGCCAUCGCUAACACAUGGUAAACAUUUUAGAGUUAGCUGAACUUGCACAUCAAGUCCUUUGCCUACACACUUAAUUUAAGAAAAUAUUGUUUUUUAUCAACUGUUUUCUUUAUUCAUAGGGAUAGAGAUCAGAACCAGGCUCUGUAAGGACCUGGUUCUGCAUUUUCCAAAAUCUAGUCAUCACAAACUACUGCUAUCCAGUACUGUGAUUUUGUGACGUACUGUCAUGCUAAAGUCCAGUUUGGACCAAAGAUUUGCAGAGCGACACAACGGUUUUAGAGGAUCUCUGGUGACAGUCUGAACUGAGCUGUUGCAGCUUGAAUAAAGCCGUCUGAUGAUGUUGCCUGCAAUUCAGACUUAAUAAUUUUCACCCUACUACUGCAAUAUGAUAUGCAAUUAUGUUUUAAGUUUCUCAUUUUUUCUCAACAAACGAUAAAUCAUCCUAUGUUAUAAUGAACACAGUAUUUGGUAGAUCAAACUAGGCUUGAACAUUUAAAAAAAUAUUGUAAUACAGAAUUAUUUUAUAAUGUUAUUCUCAUUGUGAAAUGACAAACAUCAAAACAAGGAAAUAAGUUUUUUUUUUUUUUUUUUUUGCAAAUUAUUCUGGAAAAAAUUGGCACACUAAUGUUUGGAUGACGUGUAGAACAUCGCGCAUGCAAACAUGUUCUCUGCCUUUAAGAAAGUGUAUUAAAUUGGUAUUUUGAAACACAUUCCACAUUCCAAAAAAGUCCAAAAAAUUUUAAAUAAUUUCUAAGCCCUACCUGCUAUUCGGCCUGACGAGUUAUAAACAGCAGAUUCUAGAAUGUUGCAAGCAGAAAAAUGUGCAAAGGAAAAUGGAAAUCUUAUUUUGAAAGGCUACACUCAGACAAAUAUUUAUUUAAAGUGCAAUAAUUCCCAUUCAUGCUGUGAAUUUUUCAGAUGAUAACAUUUGACCUUUCUUUUAAGUUUUAGCACAAAAUGCAGCACGUAAACACUUUUGUCUCCUCCAUCAGCUGUGCACGUAAGCAGGAUGUGCAGUGCUAAAUGAGCUAAUACAUGAGAAAUUCAAGAUUGUGGGAUCCAAUUUUGUCCAUGGAAAAUUAAUUAUUCUCAGUAGAUAUGUUUGUUACAACAAUUCAGCACAAGCAAACAUUUUUGUGUGUGCUUUGAAAUUGCACUGCCGCCAUAUGACAGUGAUGACAAGGAGGAUUUGGUAAUAAAUCAACUCUUGCACCUGCACAUGAUAAAAAUGUUAUCAUGACCACAAGAACACAUGAAAACCAUGAAUGUGCAGCACUGUUGCCAUUUUAGAGAUAGGUUAAUUGCGCAGUAAUUAACAAGGUCACUUAAAAAUGAGAGAUUGGAAGAGCUUUUGGUAUGGAUACUAUGAAUUUUAUCUAGCUGCAGCGGUGUGAACUGGUUAGCUGUUAGAAUGUUGCAGAGUGGCUUGUCACAAGUUUUAACUUGUUGAAAAUUUUUGGUCUGAACUGGGCUUUAUAUAUCACUGGUACACAGACAUACGUCAGUUCCUGCAAGGGUGAACAUGUGCAUCAAAUCCAACCUAAAUGUGCUACCUUAAACUGUCAGCUUGAAGAAACAAAGCAUCUGUGUUCUACAGGGAGUAGCGUACAAUCCUAACUGUUAUAAAAAUAUUAUAAUGUUGAAAUCCACGAUGAGAUUGGCUAAGUAGGAGUUAUUGAUCUCACUUACAAAGCUAACAGUUAUAUUAUGAUGUGUUCAAGGUCAGCUCAGGAUGUACUUCAAAUAUGAUGUGUUUAACUGUAAGACCAAGAAGAAGAAGUUAUUUAUGUAUUGGAAUUGCAUUAGCCAAGGUUUCAUGAACAGCAUUACGUUUUCAUGAAUUGCAGCACAAGUGCUGAGAUUCUCUUUGAGACCUGUGGUUGCUGUAGAAACAUCAGACCUAAUCUGCAUCAGAAAAGCAAAAAUUUAAAGCGUCUCAUUUUGCAGACAAAGCAUGACAUUAGACUAAAUUGUCUUAUGAACCCAGACAGAGGUUAUCACGAAGCAAAAAUAGCCCUGGUUUGUGUUAAAAUAACACAAUCAAGCUCACACAAAAUGACCCCCAAGGGAAAUUUCACACAUUACACAAAGUGUAAAUUGCUUCUUUUUGUGCUGAUCUUAGCUUCAGAGUCAGUGAAGGUUUUUUCAUUCAGCUGUUUGUCUUUAACAAGUACCAACAGCUGCUUACACUGUUUUUGUCUCCAUCAGAAAACAAAUGGAACAUUUUUCAUUAAGUUCUUGUGGGUAAACCACAAAAGAGUGAAAGAGUCUUUUACAAAAGAGUUUGACCUCCAUCUCCACCAACAGCAGCCUUGGCAGUAGGGAUGGGUAUUAUCUAAAAGUCAUUGUUUGCUGAUACAAAAAACACAGUGAUGCGAGUUUUCAGAAGUUUAAUCUUCACCAAAAACAAACAACAGUGCAGCACUUCUUUCUUAGGGUGUUACAUCAUACUGGUCAGAAUGAACCAGGGCCUGUUUGCCAGGUUAGUGCCAUUUGUUUGCACUGGUGUGAAUGCUGUCAAUCAAAAGAUGGUGCAAACCAGACCAAUGUACUGAGACCAUUUUAAAGGUGGGUCAGCAACCACCAUGGGCCCUUUCAAUUCAUCAUGUCCGAACAUAUGUUCAAAUCCACAGCCAUAUAGAUCUUAAAAAAUUCUUUAUAUGGACGAUUACGCCAAGGUCUCAGUAAGCACUUUCAGGGACUCCAGUACAAAGACAUAUUCAGUGCUGGGUAGCAUUACUUUCAAAAGUAACUUGUGACAUUAGUGCAAUACCUACUGAGGAAAAAAAAUGUGUUGCUAUUUUAAUACCAAAAAUUAAAAACCUUUAUCAAUGCCUACAAGUUACUCAUAUAAAAAGUAAAAAUGGCACAUAGCUGACUGUACCUAACUUGUAAGAUAUUCAGUAAUAUUUCCUCAUAAAGUUAAGCUGACUCACCAGAUAGACUGUUUCAUAAUACCCCUUACACAGGAUAUAUUUCACAUUCAUCCAGGAAAUCUCACAAACAAAGCAUUUGGGAAGUUCAAAAAGUUCUCACAAGGUGAUUGGACGAAUGUUCUGUCAGUGUCAGUCAUUACGGGCCAAUCGAAGUGAUAAGACAAAGUGAGGUACUAGACAUGCGCAGCUCUAGUAGUAAAGUGAGUUGGAAGGAAAGCGCUAUCAUAGUUUACAAGCAGCAAAACUUGUUGGUGGAUAAAAUUCAUGCAGAGGCUGGUUGGAGAAGUGCAGAAAUAUCUUCUCCACCAAGAAAGGCUUUCAGUGUGGCUCUUUGUUCUUUAUUUAAUAAAGAAAUGUGGUCCAGUUCUAAUAAAACUGCGGCUGUACUAUAGCAACAUCCAGACACAUCCCUACACCGGCAGCAGCCAUCAGAAGUUACCAGUUUCCAGUACAACUAAGCCCCAUCCGUAGCUGGCGCCUUGUUCACCUCAAAUGAUUCCGAUUGGUCUGGUCCAUUCUUAAACCUGGCACAGACAUUCAGAUUGGAGCUUUGCAAAAUGGGUCUGACUAAAGACAUACAUUGACUGUUUUGUCCAUCUGCCCUGCAAGGUUACCACAGAGUUAAAGUUCUACUUGCUUGGGAGACUUCAACAAGUUGGUCCAUAAUUCAGACCAGAGCAAUCUAAAAGUAUUGAUGUGAAAAUACCCUACAAAAAUGAUAUCAGCUUGUGAUCCCUAUUAGUUUGUAAUACUUGUUUCUCAUGCUUUCCUUAAACUAUAAAACAUGAAUUCUUUACCCAUCCCUACUCUAUAGACCUGAAUGCAUUGCAUUAACAAUCCAUUUCUUAGAAUCCAACCUUGAAUUAUAUCUCUUUUCUCUCCAGUUUCUACCUACUCCACACACACACUUCUCUGAGGGUGAUCCAGUGUCAUUGUGGAUAAUAACAGAAACCUUUAAGUGAAGCAGUCGGCUGAAGGAAACUAUAAAAGAAAAUGAAAACACUUCACAACUUAGGGAAUGUACUGUAUGGCACAUAGAGUGAGAUUAUAAAUGGGUGAAUUUUUCCUUUAACACUGUUGUAAAGAGGAAGGAGCCGCUGGGUUUGACUUGACUGUACGUCUUUUCCUGCCACGUGAAUCAGGUUUGUUGGUGAGAGGACGGUUUAUCAUAGCUGCAUAGGUUUUUGUUUUAUGAGGCAUGUAAAUUACCAGCUUCAGUGGGUUUGAAUGUGGUCCAAAAAGUGGCCGCGACACAUUUGGACGUGUGUAUUUCUAUUUAAAUGUUUGGAUGUGCCUAUUGAUUAGUCCAUUUGCCAGUCAGAAUGCUGCUAUAU